GAGUCAUCGUAAUUAUCAAAAAAUGAAGUCCACUGUCCACACUUUUAAGUUGUUCUGCUGAGGGGUCUGGAUAUGAAGUAUUAACAUUUGUGAUUCCUGAUGAAAAUGGAGUCCGUAUUUGCUCCAAGAGCAGGAGUAGGAGCAUCCCGAUUUCUCCGUCCCAGGGUCUCACCUCAGAUUCCCAUCGCUCUCAAACUGAGCCCCGCCACCGAUCAAGCGCCGUUUGAUUUCAGUAAAAGCACCAUCAUUAGCAACUUGGAGAGCCAAAGGAGGAGCAUACUACCAUUUGGAAUAACAGCAUACUUAUUAUUUGGCAUUUCAGGGGUUUGCAUGUAUCUUGACAUCCUUGUAAAGGUUCAAGAAGAGCGUUUUAAAUUUGAAAUUAAGGGAAAGAUGGCAACCUGUGUCUGCAUCAAAAUCUAACCCUCGAGAUGAAGAAUCCAUCGAAGAUCAAUCAGGCAGUGUUAAAAGUGGUGAUGCUCCCCAAGGUCCUCCUUUCCUUACCAUCUUGGCCGGAUUUCUAGUCCUUUUUCUGGUAUUCUGGAUUAUUGGAUCAAUUCUAAUGUGGUUGGUUAGUUUCUUUGUUACGUCGCCUCCAGGGAACUAGCUAGGGAACCAUUUUAUCAACUUUUGUUAUCAAGCAUGUACUCAUCUAGAAUUAUCGUCAAUGAAGACGCUCUUUUAUUC